CUCAAUAAUCAUAACACUUAUGUUUCUACUCAAAGAUGGAAAUCCACACCAGAUUUUUGCUGUUUUUAUUAUACGUGACAAUUUGUUUAAAUGAAAUUGUGUCCACAAACGCAGAGUCGGAUCCUUUAGAAUAUCUACAAUCUGUUAAUCGUGACCACCCAGUCGGAGCACCGCUGACGGUUGAGGAUUUUGAAAAUGGGGACAAAUUGGUAUCCACCCCACCAACGACAGCUUCAUCUGAUCCAAUCCAUCUGGCCAAUCUGUACGAGGGCGACAUUGCCAUGACAUCGACUGAAUUUCUAAUGCAGAAAGAGAAAAAUGCUGUCAUUCUUGACAAGCAUAAAUGGAAUCGAGGAAUUGUUCCUUACACGAUUUCAGCAGAUUUUGUAUCGGACGAGCGUGCCACAAUUGCUCGCGCAAUGUCGGAAUAUCAUGCAAAAAGCUGCAUCCGGUUCAAACCCAAAUCUCCGCAAAGUUCGGAUCGUGACUAUCUAGCCAUAGUGAAAGGACAAGGAUGUUCUAGUCACGUGGGUCGCCUUGGCAACGGCGAACAAAUCCUUAGUCUGGGUGCGGGUUGUGUUUCUGUGGGGAUUGCGUUGCAUGAAAUGAUGCACGCACUAGGAUUUUGGCAUGAACAAAGCAGGCCAGACCGAGAUCAAUAUGUCACGGUGUACUAUGAAAACAUUAAGGAGGGGAUGGCUUACAAUUUUCAUAAACAAAGCUGGGCCAAUGUCCAGAAUUUGAGCAGGGAUUAUGACACGGGUAGCAUUAUGCAUUAUGGGGCGUACGCUUUCUCCAAGGGGAAAGGCUUACCGACAAUUUUGCCAAAAAAUCCGAAUGAGCAGAUUGGACAGAGAAGGGAAUUUACUGUGACUGACAUUAAGAAAAUUAACACCCUUUACAAAUGUCCUCAAACUAAUCAAGAAGAGGAUAUCGCAGACGUGCAAGCAACGGAGAAACCAAGUAGCUCUACUGGUUGCCAAGACAACGGGGAACAUUGUAAAUACUGGAGUGAGCAUGAUGAAUGUGAAAGAAAUCCGAAAUAUAUGAAAGUCUAUUGCAGAAAGUCUUGCAACUUUUGCGGAGAAACAGACUGUCAUGACAGCAAUCGGCACUGCAACUAUUGGGCAUCCAUUGGGGAAUGCACAAAGAAUCCGAGCUAUAUGAAAAGCAAUUGCAAAAAGGCGUGCAAAACUUGCUGAAAGAACCUUUUUAUCUAUGUACUUCGUUUCAUGGUGUCGUGGGCAUACAGUGUGAUUAUUUUUUUAAGAUUCUCUGCUAGCAAAAUUUAAUCAUGUUUUUCAGAAAAAUUUAGCACAUAAAAUAAAAUACUUAUGUAGAUAAAAAUGAAAUUUGUUUGACGUUUAAUAUCAUCAUCAACAUUCAUAAAAAGUCAGUACUUGUGUUUGAAGAGGAAGGAACGUCUUGUCUUCAAAAUUAACCUAUAGUUUAUGACUUCUUUUAAUUUUUUCGUUAUUGAUGAAAAUGUUGUGAAACGGAGGACUAUUUAUUUAAGUAUGUAAGUAAUAAACUUCACAGUUUUAUUCGUC